AUGGAUAGUAGUACGUCGGUUAAUUUUAAUGUUUUAAGUUCCGAAUUGAUUGAUAGGUUAAAGGUUGCCUUUCAAAUGAUUGAUGAUGAUGGUGAUGGAAGUAUUACAAAAGAAGAUCUGAAGAAGACGUUUAAGACACUGGGGGUUACAAUUGGUGAAAAUGAGUUAGAUGGGAUGCUGAAUAGUGGUGGAGUUGGUGAAGAAGUUAGUUUCCCUGAGUUUCUACGGGUUAUGUCAGGAUCUUUUGAACAAUUUUCUUCUAAAAAAGAGUUGGAAGAUAGUUUUAAGAAUAUAUCCAGUGAAUCUGAUGGUAACGUUUCGCAGCAAGAGUUGACUAUGCAUUUGAAGGAAGCAGGCUUCCAAGAUGCAGAAUCUCAGUUUUCAGAGAUAACCAAGCACUAUGGUGGCGGUGAUAAGAAAAAUGGCAAGUUUAAGAGCGAACUGUUUUUAAAUUCUAUUGGUAAUGAAUAG